GUUUUGAAAUACAAGUUGUUUGUUCAUUCGCUGUGGAAAGCGUCAAUAGUCUUUUUAUUAGAUAAGUACAUGGAAUAAAGAAUGGAUAAAAUAGAGCCGCCGCCGCCAUUUCCAGACCAUGAGGAACCUAAGCCCUUAGAUAAUGCACGUGACACUGAACCUCAAUCUCUAAGAGAAUCGAUAGACGGUGGGAUAGAGAUGAGACGACACAACGGUUCCAGAAGUUCCCAGAGUUCCCGAAGUUCCCAAAGAUCCCAAAGUUCUGGAAGUUCUGAAAUAUCACAACGUUCUGGAAGUUCCCAAAGAUCCCAAAGUUCUGGAAGUUCUGGAAGUUCCAUAUUGAGCACACACAACUUGACCCAAACAGAGGACGUUGAGGUGGCUGUCGAGGAUGAGCCGACUCUGAACUUGGAAAGAAGUAUCUUUUACAUAAGUUACGAUGCCGAAGAAGAAACAAGUAGAGGGCAAGGCUUAUCGGAAUCUGGGGAAUCAAACGCAAGCAGCUAUGGAACUUGUAAAGCUCAGAGUCAAGACGAAAUGGAUGGUGUUCUGUUGGAUGUGCGCACCAUAAUGUCUCGGCAACGCUCAGAGUCCCUGGCCUCGCUUGAGUACUAUCGCUCACAGGACACGCGCUUGCAGGUCUCAGCCCGAGAGGAACUGCAGGUCAGACCCCAAGGCACGGAGCACGACCGCCAUGUCCACCAGUCGCGAAGACUACCAUUCUGGCUUUGGUUCAUCAUCGCCAAGAGUCUCGGGAUCAAGUUGCACGCCGACGACAAGCCCAUUGCGGCGACGGUCCUGUAUACCCUCACGUUCAUGACGGCGUUAGAUGAACGUAAAGAGUAUUUUUCCUCCAUGCUUUCCUUUGAAGUCGGAGAAAUGCACCAGAAUAACUUCCCUUCCCCGUCCUUGUUCUCCAACAGGUUAUUCAGCCAUAAGAAGUUCCUGGACAUGUUGAGGCUCCACUCGAAGACCAUCCUGAAAAUGAACGCAGCCGCGGUGCUCUUCACGGUGAUGAUGUUGUUCGCCCUUUUCAACGACGUCAAUGCCUAUUCUAACUUCAAGGACGAGACGUGUCAGACGGUGGCCGUUGACGUGAUAGUGUGCAAAGUGCGAUACAUAAUGCGGGUUGUGUACUCGGGAUUUGCCGUCGCCUGGAAUUAUCUGGUUGCCUUUGUCCUCAUCUCCGUCUGCCGCACUCAUGUCAUUGGAAUUCGCAAGUUUAUGCAGUCGUUGGAGCAAGAUUCGCGCGUUUACGAAGCGAGGUACAUGGGGGUCGCACAGCAUGGGACGCCAGACAGACCUGUGCUUGAAGAGAAUGGUCAUCACUCUGAAGGAAAUGAGCUUUUAUCCGAGGAUGGUCAGCCUUGUCAAGAAGCUCAAGGUUUAUUGGAGUACACGUGGGUGGACGAGGACUACCUGGAGGAGCUGCGAGACCCCGGGACGAGCGACGUCGACUCCAACUCCUCGGCUCUCAUCCCACAGCAGGCUAACAGACGCCCCAGUGUGCCAGAUACAGGUGGAUCGCCGGACAGCUCAGGACUCCCUAUACCCCGGAUUCCAGCCUCUCCGUCCUCCUCGGGGCAAAGCGCUGCGUCAGAGAGAUCUUCGACGAACCUUCAUAAGGAUGUUCAGGGACAGGAGAAGACUACCAGUACUUUAACACACAGAGCUCAAUCCAACAGCCAGAUAGACGAGGCCAGCUCAGUAUGCAGUACGUCAACAUCUGCCGAGGUCCGCUUGAAGCCCAUGCCUCUCAUGAGCAUCUCCGAGAUCCUUUUCCGAUACUGGAAGAUACAGUCCCGGCUGCGGCUGUCAUCGGUCGCGCUCCAGAGGUGGAUGAUGUCGGUGCUCUCCAUGGUGGUGGUGUGGCUGGCCAUGAACCUAGUCCUGUGGCUGAACUACGACCCGACCUUGAUUGACCUGGCCAACUUCUUCCUCCCGCUGGCACUCCUCCCCCUGCUGGCCUCCGCGUAUGCCGAAGUCAACCAGGAGGGGCUUAGGCUCCUGAAGUUCAUUUGCCCAGUGGAAGAGAGGCUACAGAUGCUGUACGUCCUGCAGAACAACCCCCUCCAGAUGACGGUGUACGGAUUCACCCUGUCGUACUCCACAAUCACCACGGCAGCUUUUGGCAUCUUGCUGGCUUUUGCGUCCAAGGUCCUGAUUCAGGAGAUAUCGGGACCCAACACAUCCCCUAUCGCCCAGUGAUGGGACUCUGGGUUGGGAUGUGCCUUACCAGAUAUUUAUGUAUCCCUAUAGUGGGAAUGGAGCAAUGGAUGUCAUUCCAGAUAUAUGUUUGUCUUUUUUUGUAUGGUAUAUGUUGUAUGGAGGACAAUAGAUAUUCUUUUAUAGUCUUAUGAUAUUUUAGUGAUGGUAUAAUGCAAUUGUAGGCUAUCUAAAGCUCUUGCAUAGGUUGGUUAGGUAUACAGAAGGUGAAAGGUGAAAGGGAGGUAUAUGUUAGUAGAGGGAGAGCAGCUAGUAGCUAUGUAUAAGUCUUUCAUUAUAUUGAGUAUUAUAACUAAGUAUAUUUUUUAAACUAUUGUUGACCAUGGUUGCUUAGAAUAGUAAUUAUGAUUCCCAGUUGAUUCUUUUUAAUUAUUUUUUUAGCUAAUGGCAUUAGCACCAAUAUAACAUUCCUAAACUAGUUUUCUUAUCAGCAGAUAUCUCUGUAUUUUGCACUAGCAUUUUGUAGUUUAGACUUUCUACUCACACAUUACUUGAUCAGUUUUUGCCAAUGAUAAGAUUAGGAAUAUUAACCCAACUAAAUCUGUUAACAGUGUAACAGGUAUAUAGUCAUUCUUUUAUGAACAAUAAAGACAUUGUAUUUAAGAAGUGAAGCCAGAAAAAAAUAAAGUACGAUUGAAUGAAGAAUAACCAAUAUAGAAAAAAGCAAAAAUUCAUAAAAUCAUAUUGCUCUCGCAUUAGAGCCCGUAUUGCAGCUUUCUUCAGGUACACAGUAAAGGAUCAAAUUGCCUCCUGCAGAACAACCUCUGCUGCAUGGGAUUAUAUAGACGAUUAUUCCAGAUACUGAUAAAUGUGGAUAUAAAUUCUGCUGACUUUAUUUUUGUUUUGUCAUAAUAGAAUAAAUGAAUGAUUGGAUAUUUUUGCGGACUGAAAUGACUGAUUUCUGAAAGUGAAGCUAAAAUUUUGGAGUGUAAAAGCUGUGAAUGAAUCUCUGUACAUGUGAAGCAUAAUAGAACAUACAAUACGUUAGAUAUUAUUGAGGUAAGAUGGAGUGGGAAUAAUUGUGCAUAAUACUGUGUUUUAAGAUAUUUUAUUAUACACAUGAUUGAAGAGUUGUGUCCAUUGUGAUUUUAGUCAUAUUUAUUCCAUUUUGUAUUUUUUUUUUUUCUUUAAUAUCAUACUUUCCUCUUUCUCUCCCCCUUUUAAUAGUCAAAGCUUGUUUAAUUACAUUUGAGGCAUCUAGGAAGUGUAGUUCCUAAAUGUCCAUAUAUAAAACCUUUUUAGAAAUAUGCCCGUCAAAAGGUGUUUCUUCCUCUUAAGCCAAAAAUCAACAGAAUUAAAGUUUGGUUGGAUUGUAAGCUUGAGACCACAUUACAGAUGACAAAAUUAUUUUUUGUUGGCUAUUUAGUAAGAUAGCGCUAUACUUGCUGAGGAUUAGGUUGCCAGUAACUCAUUUUGCUUAUGGCCAUCUCUAAGUAAACACCUUGUAUUUGGAUCUCAUGUUUUGUCUCUCUCUCUCUCUCUCUCUCUCUCUCUCUCUCUCUCUCUCUCUCUCUCUCUCUCUCUCUCUCUCUCUCUCUCUCUCUCUCU